CUGAGAGGGGCGGCGAUGGCCUCCGGCGUGUCUCUUCGGGCCGGGCCGGCGGCUCCCCUUCCCCGGCGACCCGCGGCGCCCCGGCCGUCCUCGCCCUCCUCGUCGUCGUCGGGCGGCAGCGAGGAGGACGAGGCGGCGGCGGCGGGGGGCCGGGCGGCGUCGGGCGGGGGCCGCUCCUGCUGGGGCUCCCGGGGCGCCCAGAUCAUCCACUCGGGCCACUUCAUGGUCUCGUCGCCUCACAGCGAGCACCCGCCCAAGAAGGGCUACGACUUCGACACCGUCAACGAGCAGACCUGCCAGACCUACCGCUUCGGCGCCUGGGCCCGCCGGGAGGCCGCGGCCGGGGGGGCGGCGGGAGGGGCCCGGGACGGCCGCCUCAGCAUCGACGCCUCGCUCACCAAGCUCUUCGAGUGCAUGAGCCUGGCCUACAGCGGGACCUUGGUUUCCCCCAAGUGGAAGAAUUUCAAAGGGCUGAAGUUAUUGUGUCGAGACAAAAUACGACUCAACAAUGCCAUCUGGAGGGCUUGGUACAUCCAGUAUCUAGAGAAGAGGAAGAACCCCGUGUGCAAUUUUGUGACCCCUCUGGAUGGUUCUGUGGAUGUUCCUCAGGUAGACCAGGGUAGCAGAACAAAUGAGAAAUAUUGGAGGAGGCGUAUUGACAUAGUCAUCCGAGAAUAUCACAAGUGGCGAACGUACUUCAAGAAAAGAUUACAAAAGCACAAAGAUGAAGACCUAUCCAGUUUGGUCCAGGACGAUGGCUUCUUCAAGAAAGACAGCCCCAUGGAACUGGAAGAGUUCUUCACCACGGACGAUUACAUGUCCGGAUCUUCAGACACCCUCUUCUCCACCCUGUCUAGUCACCAGCUGGUCACCUGGCCAAGUUCAAAGGAUAGAGCGCACCUGGGCAAUGCCGACAUGAUUCAGCCAGGACUUUACCCUCUGCAGCCCAACUGGAUGGACACUUGGGAGUUUUUCUCAGAUACUUUCACCUCUUCGGCCAUCACUACCUCCAGCCUGACAUCCAGUGCCUCUUUGGCGGGGGCCAUCGAGCAUUGUCCCCAGGCCCCGAGCCUCUCCUCGGCCUCUUUACGCAGCCCACUUCCGACGGUGAACCUGGGAGAAGAGCUGGUGCCCCCUCCGGGGCCUGACUCCAUCCUCUCCACUGACCAGUGCCUGGGCCUGAGGAGCGAGGACCUCUCCUGCCUGCAGAGCCCCGGCUUCCCCUCCGACCUACCCCUGAGCAGCGGCCAGCCCCACUUCCUGCCUCGCUUCCCGACUCUGGGGCUGCCUCUCAAGGCGGAGGUCCCGUCCCAACCGCCGCAGCAGAGCCUUCUCUCCUUGAACCCGGAGCUGGCCCUGCAGGUGCCGCUCUUCACUCCGGCCGAGGCGGCUCCGAAAUUCUAUCCCGGCAAGCCUUCGGUCAUCACCCACACCGCCUCGGCUACCCCCACGCAGAACGUGCCAGCCACCACCUUCAGCCACGGCCCGGCGGGACUCUUGGCCCCCCAGCAACCCGGUGGCGGGGUGCCAUGCGCGAUGGCCACUCUCCAGGCGACGGUGGUCCACCCGCAAACUCUUCUGCAAGCGCUAACUCCCUUCGUCCUGCCCGUGGCGGGCCCUGGGCCGCGGGCCAGGAAGCCCCAGCAGAUUGCGCCCGCCCCUACGGAGCCCGGGCCUUUGAUGUUGAACAGUGCCUUCCUUUCCGCAGUCCGAGACUGCCAGCCGUCCAGACAGGCCUCUCCCCACCCGUCCGAGCAGGGCCUUGGCCCUCCGUCCCCACAGAGCAGCCGGUCCAGGAAAGGAACCCCUGAGCCUCAGGUGUCCUUCUUCAAGAGUCGCAGAAUGAAGCAUAUCUCGGCUGAGCAGAAGCGGAGGUGUAAUAUCAAGAUUGGCUUUGGCACCCUCAACAGCCUGGUCUCCCCAAACUCUAAAUCGAUCAGCCACGCCCUGAUCCUCCAGAAGACGGUGGAGUACAUUGCCAAGCUGCAGCAGGAGCGUUCGCAGAUGCAGGAGGAAGCCAGGCGCCUUCGGGAGGAGGCAGUGGAGCUGGACGCGACCAUCAAGUCCUGCCACCAACAGUUGCCUGCCACGGGGGUCCCCAUCACCAGGCAGCGCUUUGACCAAAUGAGGAGCAAGUUCGAAGAGUAUGUCCGAAACCGCAGCCAGCAAAACUUGAAGUUCUGGAUUUUCAGCGUCAUCAUUGAGCCUCUGUUUGAAACCUUCAACGAGAUGGUGUCCACCACCAGCCUGCAGGAGCUGAACCGGACAGCCUUCUUAUGGCUGGACAAGCACUGCUCGCUCCCUGUCCUGAGGCCCAUGGUUCUGAACAGUCUCCGGCACCUAAGCACUACAACCUCCAUUCUCUCCGAUCCGUCCCUCUUGCAAGAGCAAGCCAGCCAGGCCUUGGGCAAACUCCACAAAGCAUCUGGAGAAACGUAGGAGGAGAUGCUGCCAACCACAGCGGGCCAUCCCUGCCUCCAUACAGACCUUUGUCAUCUCCUCCAGUUGGGGGCUUCCUCCAGAGGUGUAGGAACCACCUUCGCCGGGCGUUCCCGGCCCACCUGCUGGCUGAGAAUACAAGGAUUCGCUUCCCCAUCUCCCCCCCACCAAAGUGGAGGGCACCCCGCUGUAGAAGGAGGCCUUGCAAGCUUCCUUGUGUUGACACCACCCUCAGAGACAAGAAGGCAUCCAACGGGGGAGGACAGAAAGUUGAGGGUUCCCCCAACACCACCUUUGGGUUUGGUCGAAUAUGUGAAAAAUGCAACUCAGGGAAACUUUCCAGCAAUAGAUGCCCCCCUUCCAUGCAACCUCUCUGAAUAUACGCAGUAGGAAUAAGCUUUUUCUCCAUGCUGACCUCCGUUGCAAGGGGCGUGCGGUGGGUUUAGAACGCAGCGUUGCGGGCAAAACUCUGCCCACAGCCUGGAGUUCGAUCCUGACAAGGCUCAAGGUUGACUCAAGGCCAAGAUAUCUCCUGGCUUAACUGAGAUGGAAGCCGGGAUCUGAAGAACGCUGAGCCUGCCAGAUGUUGGGCAGGGCAAACACCCUUGAGAAUGGGCAGGCAAUUUUGGAAAGAGAAUUUUGGUGACAGAAUGGAGGCGGCUGCUUACCUAAAGGAAAAUUCCCUCUCUGUUCUCCCCGCAAACUCCACCCCAAGACUUGAGGUCUACAGAAGAAAUUCUAGUCGAUCGAUAGAAGUGGGGUAGAGAGAGAGAGGUCUAUUUUAAUUUAACUAUUUUAUUUUAUUCAAAAGAUUAAAAUCCAAAAGAAAAAAAAAAUUGAAGAGCGGCAAAACAAAACUGAACAAAAUCGUUGAGGAAAAAAAUGUGAAUUAAAAAAAAGGACAAAAACACAUGAUUAUUAUCUCCCGUAUUUUUAACCAUGAUACCCGUAAUAGCGAUCAAUUUCCCCCCCCCUCCUCUUAGACAAUAAUGGUUCAUCAGAAACUUGGCAGCAGAAGAGACUGUUUGCUCUUCGACUCAACUCUUGGGCUCUUGAGUCUUGACUCAACUUUGGACUCAGCCCCCUCCCCAUAAUCCAGGGUCUUAGGGGAGGGUCCCGUCUGCCUUAGAAAUGCCCAAUUGUCUCAGGCUUUCUAGUGGAGCUUGUUUCCAUGGCUGUACUUUUGCACACAACAAUGCAAUUUUCCCCCUUCUUUGGGGAAGAAUAAUAAUUGGAAAGUGCAGGAGAAGAACAAAAACGGAUCGUCAGCUUAAGAACAUAAGACAACAAGGUUGAAUUCUAGCCAAGAUCUCUCGUCCGGGGUCGUCUUCCUGCGGUAGCCAUCCCAGUGUCUCUUGGAAGCUCACGAGGAGGACACCUCGUGGAAAUGUCCUCUCUUCACAUCUCCAGUCUCGCUUCUUUGUAUGUGUAUGUGAUCCCCACAAAAUCUUGGAAAGUGGCCUUCAAAGAAGCGGUUCUGAAUUUCCCACCGGGAUUGUCCCAUCAGAAGUUCUUGAGUUUUGGCUUCAAGUAAGGAAGAUGUCCUACGUCAACCACUCCAUACGAUACGUUCUACCAGCCUUGAGGGAUCAACCACAGUGACUUUCCAUCCACAGAGUAGAACAGGAUGGGUAAACAAAUCUUGAUAGCACUUGAGGGAUGCCGUUGACCCAGACUUCUGAACUUUAUGGAGGCAGAGAUCAUCUGGGUUAGAUGAGAUGGUUCUCUCAAAGCACGAUAAACGGCGGGCUCUGAUGUCCUUCAGAUCACAACUGUUGAAAAGGGGCAUCUUGAUUCAAGCUCAGAAAUGGCCCUCAGUUGAACCAAAGUCCACCCCAUCUCCAGGCACCAAGGGAGAACAAUGUUCUACCUUAUAACCAGUUCAUCUGGACAACUCUACCGCUAUCUAGAACAGUCUUUCUUGGCCUUGGGAGCUUUAAGAUGGACGGACUUCCAAUUCCCAGAUUUCUCCAGUCGGCCAUGCUGGCUGUUGAAUUCUGGGAGUUAAAGUCCACUAAGCAGCUGGAGAAUUCUGGCAGUUGAAGUCCAUCCAUGCUGGCUGGGGAAUUCUGGGAAUUGAAAGCUGCAUCCGGGUAGCCUUGCCUUGGCUCAACUUCACCUCUUCUCUCUUCUACUACAAACUCCACAAUCAUUUUGAUCGCCUGGAGGGAACACAAGAGAGGUGAUAACUGGGCGUGUUUUGGAACAGCUUUGUAAAGUUAUUGCUAAUGCAGUUUCAAUAUUGUUCUGUGGGGGUUUGCGGUUGAUUUUAAUCUACAACAGUUAGCCAAAAAAAAAAUGCAUUUCUUUUUAGCAAUGCAAUCAGGACUUUUAGCCUCUGGGGAGAUAGUUUUACUUGCAUUGUGUCUUGAAAUCAUCGUCUGGACAGUCUGUACUCCCAUUUGCAAGCAAAGAAAAAAAAAGAUGAAGUUUGUGUAACGAAUAUGUAUUUGUUUCUUCCUCGUUUUACCAGUCGACUUUUUGGGGAGGCUGCAGAGUUAAGCCGCUGCCUUGUUAUCUACAUUUAUCAUGCAUGAAACUGUGGCAAUUGCUUGCGUUUCGAUUUUUCGAUAAUGUCACUGCGUUUUUGGUUUUUUUUAUGAGACAGCAGAAAUAAAAUGCUAUU